AUGCCCCCCAAAACCGCCCCCAGAGGGCGUGGUCGAGGCAGAGGAGGUACCGCCCGCGGCGGCUCUGCCUCUGCCCCGGUCGCCGGCGAUGGUUCCGCCGAGCCGGCUACUGCUGUAGUCAAAUCCGAGACAGACACACCAGCGUCAGCUUCGACGUCCACAUCAGCCCCUCCCCGGGGCCGGUCAGCAACUGCGACACCCGCUGGUACCAGAGUACCUCCAAAGUUCAAACCAAAGAAUGUCCGUCGUAGCUCAGCAGAGCGUGAGAGACUUGCCCGCGAACUCGGCCAAAUCAGCAAGGCUAAGGACGAGGCCGAGGAGAAGCGAAAGGCUCGUUUAGCCAAGGCCAACGUACGAGGCCGUGGCCGUGGUGGCGGUUUCCGUGGUGGCGCUCGAGGCACAGUUGCACUCGGUCCUCUUGCUGGUGGAGGAGCAUUCGGCGGCGGCGGCUCCUCAGGUGGUGGUCGCUUUGGUAGGGCUGAUUACAUCAAGAACGAGGCCGGCGAUCUCUUCGGCAGUGACGGCAGAGUCAACGCGGAUCUAUUGCACGACUACGUCCAAGAUUACGAUGACGACAACAAAGACCGGCCCCUUAUGCCUAUGGGUAUCCGACGUGUGCAGCCAAAGUCUCAGGAGGACAGCACCGAAGACAAUGCAGACGAAGAGGAGGAUUCCGAUGAGGAGGGCCUCUUUGUGAAUGACAAGGAGCGGGCUGCGAAGGAUAGGCUUGCUGCCAAACAAGCCGCCAAGGUAAAGACUGAGGGCGGUGGCCAGGAUGUUGAUAUGGACAGCAUUCCCCCUCGCUAUGGGGAAGCCGACACAGCCGGCUACGAAGAUAUGUUACUGGUGGAUACGAGCCAGAAGCUCCAAAUCAGCAGCGGAAAAGCUGAGGAACUGCGGAGACAGCGCCGCCUCUUUUCGGAACCGUUGGACGACCGCGCGUUUAUCUUUCAGUUCCCCGUCAGACCACCGCUUUACGUCGUCAAAGAUGACGGCUCGCUCGCCAAGACUGAGGGCGACGACGAGGUGGUCACGCUGGAUGGUCAGCAACAGGGCAAUGCUCCCGUCGAUCUGACUACCGGGGUUAAGGAGGAGGAGGUAGCAGAGGAGGAGAGCAAGGAGGAAGAGGAAAAGCCAGUGGUGCCGCAGGCGGGAUAUCUGGGCAAGCUCAUCGUGCGAAAGUCAGGAAAGGUUGAGAUUGACUGGGGUGGCUAUCCCAUGGACUCGGGCACUGGUGUUGCGCCCAGACAUUUGUCGACGGCUGUUUUGCUUGAGAUGGAGGAUGCCAAACCGGGCGAGCCGCCCAGAGGGUUUGCCUACUCGAUGGGCCGUGUCGAAGCGGUCUUUUCUUCUGUUCUUAGGACCAGUGAUAUGGAGCCGUGGGUGGUGGAUGGGCAGGUUCCCGGUGCUGCUGGGAGCGCUUGAUUAGAUGGAAAGGCAGAUGGGAAUAAAAGUAUUGAUACCCUGUAGAGAUUUAGUCGUCCACUGUGUUGAAAUAGAGAGGACUUUUCCGUGCAAGUCGCGA